AUGAACCACAGAAAAACCUAAUAAACAAAGAAAAGAAAAGGAAUCAUCAUCACCAUUAAGAUAAACCAUAAUUCCAUGCAUGUGACAAUGGUGAUGGGACUUUUUUAGCCCCAUCAAUGUCUGCAGCGUGCCAAGAAAGUUCAGGAACCCGAAUUUGACACCGAUCUUGGCCUGCAAGCAAACAUAUAUUCCGAAUAUUAGUUGGCUCCAAUUCUGUUUUUGAUCAAUGGGGAUAUCACCUGACAAUGUUCAUGGACUUGUCUUGGCUGUUUCUUCAAGCGUUUUUAUUGGGUCUAGCUUUAUUGUAAAGAAGAAAGGUCUUCUUAAAUCUGGGAAUAAUGGAACCAGAGCAGGGGCAGGAGGGCAUUCGUACUUGUGUGAACCUUGGUGGUGGGCUGGAAUGAUUGUUAUGAUUGUCGGAGAAAUAGCUAAUUUUGCAGCUUAUGCAUUUGCUCCUGCAAUUCUUGUAACCCCGUUGGGAGCUUUAAGUAUAAUUUUCAGUGCAGUGCUAGCUCAUUUCAUCUUGAAGGAGAAACUGCACAUCUUUGGUGUCCUUGGAUGUGUUCUUUGUGUGGUGGGAUCGACAAGUAUUGUUUUACAUGCUCCGCAGGAGAGAGCUAUUGAAUCUGUCAAGGAAGUAUGGCACCUUGCUACAGAGCCAGGUUUUCUUGUCUACAGUGGAGUAGUUCUGGUUGUGGUUUCUGUCCUCAUUUUCCGAUUUGCACCACUUUAUGGUCAAAAAAAUAUGAUUGUUUAUGUCGGAAUUUGCUCUCUCAUGGGAUCUAUCACGGUUAUGAGUGUCAAAGCCUUGGGAAUUGCCUUAAAGCUGACAUUUUCAGGAUCGAACCAAUUCAUCUACUAUCAGACAUGGCUUUUCACUAUAAUUGUGGUUUUUGCUUGCCUUUUGCAGAUCAACUACUUGAACAAGGCACUGGACACCUUUAAUACUGCAGUUAUAUCUCCAGUCUACUAUGUUAUGUUUACCAGUCUGACAAUCCUUGCCAGCAUGAUCAUGUUUAAGGACUGGGACUCACAAAAUGCAUCACAGAUUGUAACUGAAGUGUGUGGUUUUAUCACAAUCUUAUCUGGGACCUUUCUCCUUCACAGAACAAAGGAUAUGGGAAAUGCUCCAAAUAGUAAAUCUUCACCCGAAACUCCCGUCUCCACAAAGGAAAAUUCCACCACAAGUGCAAAUACUGAAGAGCAACAAAUGGCUAUAUUUUAAGCACUGCCAUGGCGAACCUUUCCGCUCUUUGGAAAAAUUCUUAUCUUCCAAAUUUAAGGUCAAGCUAGCUAGCAAGAAAGAGGACGUGCAUUUUUCAACUGAGAGAUCAAUGUGCAUGCUAUUAACAAUAUGCACGGAUACUGCUAUUUAUGCUUAAUGGUAGCUCUUUUUGUUUUUUCUUGGUUGCUUUUCUUGAAGAGAUUAGGAGUAUCAAGGAUGUGAAUAUUGUUGUGUAAAGAUGAUUACUGUUUUGGGGCAAUAUUUUCAGAUCUAUAAAGAUCAGCUAACAUAGAUUUGUUUCAA